UUUGAGCAAUAGGAUGUCUCCCAAGGGUAACCUGUUUGUUCGCUGCGACAAGAGUUAUACGCCCUUUCUCUUCAGUAGCGCAAUACACGUAUAUAUAUAAUCUGUGUCCUAAGAGUAAGAUAUUAUGAGGAGUGGUGUGUAGCUACUUCGUGUUGGGGCCAUUCAGAGAUUGGAGGCUCGAAAACUUGACCGAAAAGUCAGUGGUACAACUUACAAGCAAGGCUUCCAACUCAACUGUGUUUUGUUUUGUCCGUCUUAAAAAACCCGGGGAUCCAUCAGGAUGUCAUUCAGAAUUCUGCCCGUGAAGACUCUCCUUUUUCUGGCACUCUGCCUGAGUGGACGUCGUGGUCUGGCAUCAGCCCCAGAGCUCAAGGAACAGCCUAAGAAAAUUGCUGUAAUUGGAGCAGGCAUUGGGGGCACAGCGACCGCCUACUACUUGCGCCAGGAGUUUGGGCCGGAGGUUAAGAUAGAUGUGUUUGAGGCUGGAACAGUGGGUGGCCGCUUGGCUACUGAGAAAAUCGGGAGUGAUGAAUAUGAGAUGGGGGGCUCCAUUAUUCAUCCCCUAAACCUGCACAUGAAACACUUUGUGGACCUGCUGGGCCUGUCCGCUUGUAAGGAUGUGCCAGGCAAGAUGGCAGUCUUUGACAGUGAGGAGCUGAUUUUUGAGGAGAGCGACUGGUUCAUUGUCAACUUUUUGCGCAUGCUGUGGCGAUAUGGGUUCAACUUCCUGCGCAUGCACAUGUGGGUGGAGAGCUUACUAGACAAAUUCAUGAGGAUCUACCAGUAUCAGCAGUAUGGCUACUCCUUCUCAUCAGUGGAGAGGCUCUUCCAUGCCAUGGGGGGAGAUGACUUUGUCGUGCUGGCCAAUAAGACACUGGGGGAAGCCAUGCUGGAGGCAGGAUUUUCCCAGAACUUCCUGAACGACAUCGUGAUUCCAGUCACUCGUUUCAACUACGGUCAGAGUGUUCGCAUCAAUGGCUUUGUAGGUGUCAUCUCCCUGUCGGCUAUGGACUCGGGCCUGUGGGCAGUGAACAAUGGGAACAAGAGAGUCUGUUCUGGGCUCCUGUACCACAGCAGGGCAGAGCUAAUUCCAGCUCAGGUGACCUCCAUAACGUUCAAGCUGCGGCCCAUCAAGUCUGGUGAAACAGUAAGUCUGUAUGAGGUGAGCUACACUGGAGAAUCAGGGUCAGCCCACUCCAUGUAUGACAUCGUCAUUGUUGCCACACCUCUCCACCAAGAGCUCUCCAAAAUUGCCUUUUCUGGAUUCUCCCCUCCCAUUGUCUCACACUUCCCCGGACACUACAAACAGAUCGUUACCACUCUGGUGCAUGGAGUUCUCAACACCUCUUUCUUGGGUGUCACUAAUGAUCCUUCAGGGUUUUGGGUGUCCAACAUCUUUACAAAGGAGAACAAGGACAUUAGCUUCUACAGCCUGAGCUCUGUAGACCCCGUACACAUCCCUGACAAUUAUGUCCGGCCCCCAGCCAGUGCUAAGAAGGUAUGGAAACUGUUCUCGAGUCAGCAACUCUCCGAAGCUCAGCUUGGGCAAAUAUUCCUCUCUUGGGAUGCGGUGCGGGAGCGGAAGUGGCUGGCAUACCCCAUCUACAUGCCCCCACACCAGAGGCCCCCAUUCCUGUUACAUGACCGCUUGUACUACCUGAACCCGAUUGAGUGGGCAGCCAGUUCAAUGGAGAUGAGUGCUCUGUCAGCCAGGAACGUGGUGCUGUUGGCACACCACCGCUGGCAUGGCCAGGAGAGCAAGAUUGACCAGGAGGACCUGCACACCAGACUGAGGAGCGAACUGUAGCCAUUUGGACGGCAGUGGUAAGAACACAGCUAUGGUCCUUUAAACUCGCAGUGCCUUCCAGUCAUGCACAGCUAGCCAACUAUCCUUCCAGCUCUGAAUCCCCCGUCCAUUUCAUGGUAAACAUGGUAGUCAGGUCAAUUAGGCAAUAAUGGGCAAAUUCAUCAAGCUGGGGAAAGGUCACCUUAAAUAGCAGGAGUUUUACUACAUACGCUGUGUUGCAGAAAUGAUCAGUGACCUGUUUUUCUUUUCCUCUUUUUAAAAUAUAAAAUGUUCAUUUAUAUUGGUGCAAGUAGACAUUGUUAAUUUCCUGUUCCCGGGAGCAGUCUAACCAUUUUCACCAUUUCUUAUUUACGUAACAAGCUGAUGAAAUAAAAAGAUGAACGAAUUAACUAGAGGCCUAGGGGAUCUUUGGUGGGAUUCCGUUUACCUCACAAACUAUGCGGUGUGUUUGACACCACAAAACUUGAGUAAUAGCCUGCAAUUUUUUAAAAUCCGAGACUGGUUUUAAUCUGCAAUUGUAACACUAUGACUCUUUGCGGGGGGGAAGUUGCUGAGAUGAGUCAAGUAAAAUUUACUAGUACAUUUUUUUUCUCUGCUCUUUUUUUUUCUAAAUUGAAAACACACAGUACAUGAACUUUAAGAAAACAGCAUUAAUACAGUGUAAAUUGCACUACAAGGAUUGAUAGAUUAAAUCUAGACAACUAUUGUGGCUAGAUUAAUUUAGGUUUCUGUAAAACUUGAUUGCAGGAUUGACAGUAAAGGCGGCAGUGAACAAGAGGCACUUGUAGGCCACGUCUUGGCCACGUGUGCAGCAAAAGGUGCCUUUACUCUAAAGUUCAUCUGAAGGGCUUUUGUGCAGUUACCCCUAAUAAUGCAAUAAUUAAAAAGCCCCUAAGGUAUGUAUUGCACUUCAUUGUAUAAUUGUAACUGUGCUACUGUAAAAGGAGGCAGUUCUUUAAGACAGACAUGGAAAGAGAAAAGAGCAGAAAUGCAGUCGCAUCAUGAAACAUGGAUUUGUGCUUUGCAGCGACCUCCUAGCUGAAGACGAGCGCAGUACGGUAUGUUGUACUGUAUGGGGAGUACUUUCUCUACUUGCCUGCUUGUAGGAGCCACUGUUCAUGACAGUUUUGCACUAUUUGAAAUAACUUUACACUGAAUCCUGUUUGUACUGCCUUUGUCAAUAAACUGCUUUGCCAUUUGGUUUCAAUGUACUUCUCUGCGCCCCCACCCCACUGUCAUAAAAGUUUUAAAAAAAAAAAAAAGAGAGCAAGUUUUCCACUUGGAUCAUACACCAAUACUUCAUCAAUACUAAUUCUGUAAUUAGUAAUCUGUAGUAAUUACAUAUUAGUAAUUGCUGUUGUGGUAACUGUUUCAUUGAUUUGGUUUAUAAGUUAUGUUUUCAGGAGUAUGAAGGCAACUGUAAAUAACCUGUUACAUUUGUUUUAAUGUUUACCUUUGUAUGCCAUAAAGUAUUGUUGAGCUUGCUAGUGUUUGCAGUGAGAGUACAGAGAACCUCAGAGUCUGGCUGUAACACCACAUGCACGCACGCAUGCACGCACGCACACACACACACACACACACCAUGCUGCCAUAGCUGUGGGCUCCAAUGCCCCUUUGUGUUGUGCAGGGACCUCCAAGAGCAUUCUUUUCUCACCAGUCCAUAACUCCUAAGAGUAGCACAAACUAAUAUGUUUACU